AUGUACGACAACAAACCAGAUGGUUCGGACAACCCUAUCCUGUACAAUCUUCCUGCAGACGGCUGUUCGGCUGGUAAAGUUUUGCAGCAUGCGGUGCGGGCUAUGGAAAAGCUUUUCCGGAAGCACGAACCAAUGAUUUGGAAGGUUGGCUACACGCACAAUGCUGAGUUUCGCUGGUCGAACGACUUGUAUGGCUACGCGAAGUCUCGAGACAAGUGGUCGUGUAUGGUCGUCCUUUUCAAGACGAAUGAACCGUUUAGCCCAGCCAUGCUGGAGGCUUCUUGCACGAGUGCCAUCCGGACUGCGCGAGCAGUCGUGGAGGACCUGGGAGAGGAGAAGGCUGGCGAAAUAGGCCUUCUCAGGCCUGAUGCCAAAAGAGAAAGAUUUAUAUGGGCUGCAUUCUGGAAGAAGUACGAAUGUCUUCAGCCUGCUCACCCCGUUUUUGGCAUGGCACGAAACAACGAGAUCGACCUCAGCCGCACGGCGGCUGUGGUCAUGCACGGGGACGAAGGACGCGGCAGACGCCGCCAGGCUUUUAUGGUUCUGUCAUUCCAUUCUUUGCUGGGCAGGGGGACGAACUCUGCAAACAAGAAAUCCGUGAAGAAACCUUAUUUAAAGAUGAAGCUGAACUUCAAAGGCCAUAGCUACUGUUCGAGGUUGCUUUCUGGUGUACUUCCCAAGCACUUGUACCAGAAGGAUGAUGAGGUGUUCGAGACCUUGUUGCGGGCGUCGUGCGAGGAUGCCCGCACGAUGAUGACAAAGGGAGUGCUCGAUGCCAAUGGAAAUCGUUUUUGGAUGGUUUGCUUGGGCACAGUGGGAGAUUGGCCCUUCCUUCAGAAGAGCGGCCACCUCGUGCGGACAUAUGCGAAUGUCGUGAAAAGGGUUGAUCAGGUUGCUGGUGGGAUUUGCCACCUGUGCGAUUGUGGCCCCGACACUUUGCCUUUUGAACGGUUUGCGACGAGACGACCUGACUGGCUGGCAACCUUGAAUACAACAUCACCUUUUCAAACAACGCCAGCAGCAGCAAGGAUUCCACAUGCCCCUGGGCAGCUUGCAACAACUUUUUAUUUCGAUUUGUUCCACUGCUGGCACCUGGGGGUGGGACGGAACUUCGCAGGCAGUGCACUCGUUCUCUUGAGCGAUUUGCACGCUGGCAAUGUUGAUGAGCGAUUCGAUCAAUUGACGAUACAGUACAAAGAUUGGUGUCGACGAAAUGGUGCUCCCCCGAUUCUCACCCGGAUCAACAAGGACAAUAUACAGUGGGCAUCAACUUCCGAGUUUCCGACGGGGACGUGGUUCAAAGGCGCUGUCACGACGAAUAUGGUGCAGUUUUUCGAAGAUUGUGAUGGAUUAUGCGACGAGCCGCUUUUUCGACUCGCGAUUCAGGCGGCCCAAGCGAUCAACGAGUUUUUCCGGCUCUUGUAUUCCUCCGACCUUUGGUUGCCUCCCGAAGUCGCCCGCCGAGCAGCUGAGUUGAUGUUUCGCUUCUUACGAAGGUAUGAGUCCUGCGCUCGGCUUUCGUAUGAAGAUGAGCGGACAUUAUUCAUUGUGCAGCCAAAGUUACACACUUUACAACAUUGCGCGAUCACUCUCCUGCACACGGCCGUUCGAGACAUGGAAGCGCUGAACCCACUGGCUUUUGGAACCCAAAUGUCCGAAGACUUUGUCGGACGACAAAGUCGCCUCAGCCGCCGGGUGACGUCAUCUCGGCAAACAAUCACGAGAGUCAUCGAACGAUACUUGCAGGCGGCACAUGCCGAGUUCGUACAGUGCGGAUACUUGAGGAUCGCGCCGAGCUGA